AUGACAAUUUUAAACUUUAAUGUUGGAAUCCUUGGGCAUGUUGAUAGUGGAAAAACAAGUUUGGCUAAAGCGCUUAGUACAGUGGCAAGUACAAAUGCAUUUGACAAAAAUCCUCAAAGCCAAGAACGUGGAAUAACAUUAGAUCUUGGUUUUUCAUCUUUUCCACUUGAUCCACCUGAACAACUAGUAACAGCCGGAUACGACCAAUUACAAAUUACACUCGUUGAUUGUCCAGGUCAUGCAUCUUUGAUACGAACAAUUAUUGGUGGUGCUCAAAUUAUUGAUAUGAUGUUACUCGUUAUUGACAUCGUCAAAGGCAUACAAACACAAACGGCUGAAUGUCUAGUUAUCGGUGAAAUUACCUGUGAUAAGAUGCUUGUUGUAUUAAACAAGAUUGAUUUGAUUGAUGAAAAACAACGGCAAGAAACAAUCGUUAAAAUGACAAAAAGACUUCAAAAAACAUUUGAAAAGACAAAAUUUGCCAAUUCUCCUAUUGUUUCUUGCUCUGCAUCAGUAGGCGGCUCUGGAGACGAACAGAUUUCACAAAAGACGUGUAACACAUUACAUUUGGAUGAUCUGAUUUCCACACUUAAAUCUUGCAUUUAUAUUCCUAAUCGAUCGGCAGAUGGUCCAUUUGUAUUUGCUGUUGAUCAUUGCUUUGCAAUCAAAGGUCAAGGCACAGUGAUGACGGGUACUAUAUUAUCUGGAUGUGUUCGGAUUAAUGAUACUAUUGAAAUUACAGAACAAAAAGAGGCGCGAAAAGUCAAAUCUAUGCAAAUGUUUAGGAAGCCAAUUGAACGAGCUAUACAGGGAGAUCGAGUUGGCAUUUGCGUUACACAGUUCGAUCCCGACAAACUUGAACGUGGUCUCAUAGCAUCAGUGGGCGUAAUAAAAACAUUUUAUGCAUUAAUUUUACGUAUGAACAAAGUACAUUAUUUUAAACACGAAAUAGAAAGUCGCACAAAAUACCAUAUAACAGUUGCACAUUCAACCGUAAUGGGUAAAAUUAUUUUAUUUAACAAUAGUGACAAUAGUGUUAAUGAAGAUAAAGAUAAAAUAUUUGAUUAUAGUCGAGAAUAUGAAGCCUUAGAUCAAUACCCAACAACCACUGACUCUCUAUCAACUCCAACUCCAAAUGUUUAUGCAUUAAUUGAAUUAGAAACAAGUGUUACAUGUCAAUUAAAUUCAAUCGUAAUUGGUUCACGUUUGGACACAAAUAUAAACGCUAAUGUUUGUCGUUUAGCAUUUUAUGGCCAUGUACUAGAUGGUUUUACCGAUAUCGAUUAUAUGACAAAAAAUGAAAUUGAAAAAAUUCGUAUAUAUAAAAAUAAGGAGAAGACAGGUGUUGUUGAACGAAUGGUAGAUAUUUACACAAUUAUUGGAAAAGAUUUGUUUAAAAAAGAAACGAAUAUCAAUCUAUUUAUUGGAUGUAAAGUUAUACUAACAAGCGGUGAACAAGGUUAUAUUGAAUCAUCAUUUGGACAAAGUGGAAAAAUUAAAAUUAGAAUACCAAAUGGUUUAUCAGCCGAAGUACAACAAAUGUUUCCCACUACAAAAACUAAAAAACAAAAACAGACAACAGCAAAAGACGAUGACAUUGAUCAUGAAGAAAAGACAGAUCGACGGGCAAACAAUGUGAAAAUUAUACUUAAAUUUAAAAAAUAUCUUUUUUCUCACACAAACUCAAUUGUACAAUAA